AUGGAUUUGCCAAAGGGACUCGUCAAAGACGACAGGCGGAUAUACGAAGAUGUUGCAGCGCUCACGCAGCCUCUACCGCCGGAUUUCAUCAUAAGAAUGUGGCGUCUCUACACCACAACAAAUCUCAAACUUGUUGAUCCAACCGCACGCCGCUUGGAAAAUCUGUGGUGGCAUGUCAUGGGCAGCGAUAGAAGCAAAUUGAAAGCUGCGACCGUGGCCAAGAUAUGGGAACACAUCUCCUAUGGUCCAACCUUUGUGCCUCUCAAAGGCUCGCCGAACCGCUGGGAGGGACCUUCGACGCCUCGUUUUAAUAGCCAGCAUGAGUCUGAUCCGGUUCUCAGCGCUCAGCAAAUGAACCAAGACAUUAAGAUGAUCUCUGAACAGUCGGCUCUGAAGGAGUUGUCCGCCUCAUCAUCUCGACCCCCGCCACCACACCCGAUUCUCAAGAAGCAUAGGGGUGACUCGAAAUCUGGUCCUCGGCCGACAGCCCGAUUUGUGUCGCCUCACGAGUCUGCUGAUGAAGACUACCAAACUAGUGAUGAGACGUCGUCGGGAAGCACAGGCGCCAGUGGCCUAGAAAUGCGCACUUCAUCAACAGUCUCCCCAGCAAAAUCGAGCAAAAAGAAGCCCUCAACACCAACGAAACGAUUUGUUGCAUCAGUGUCGGGUAAGAGAAGACCGGUUCUGCCAAGGAGAAUGAGCUCGCAGUCGUCAACAAACUCCGACGUUGGGAUCAAGGAGCCCGGUUCUGCCAACGGAGGCAAACACGUGGGAACUUAUAACGUGAUGCAUCCUCAUGCUGAAGAAAGUGCUAUCCUGAGCGUAUCCGGGUCAGAGGGAUUCGAAAUGCCGCCACCUAGCGCCAAAGCCCUGGGGAAACGACCAGUCGAAAGAUCUAUUUCGGAAUCUCCGAGAUCGGUGGGUAAUUCCCGACCUACUGAAGAACGGCGGAAACCGGUGCUUGUACAAACAGCAAACCGCGCGCCAGCACCAGAGCCCUUGAGCAAAUCCGCAACCGACCGGUCGAGUCGCGAAGCUGGCACGGUCAAAGCCGGUGGUCCCAGGACGCCUACGUAUAUACCAGCCGCAUCACCCGCGCUCUCAUCACCAAGAAUCGGGUCAUUCUCUUCAGCACGUUCCGGCUUUUCGGCGCCGCGUAUGGAGCGGGCACCGUCGAAUUCCGAGUCCUAUCGACCGAGGGAGGCUAGCUUUGGUCGUGGUUCUGCGCAGGGGCUCAUAUCGAGCGCUACCGCGAGUACGUCGAACAUUGCAGCCAUGGGGCAGGUGACGAUAUCUGGUGAGCCGGAUCGACGCGCUCUGGAAACCUUGGAAGGCUUUCAGGACGAAUCUGGACCCAGGGGCAACCCACGCCGAAUUUCCUCCUCAUCGCACUUCGCGCCGACAAUGCCAAGCUCUACUCCCGAUGUGCCACUAGCAAGAACAAGAAGCCAGCUGACGCUACUGCUGGAGCGCGAGAAAGAGCGCACUGGGGAUAGGCCAAGACACAGGUCGUGA